GGGAUGGAUAGUAACAUCCACCUGAGUAGUUUGAUAAGCCGGCAUGAUGAUGAAGCCACGAGAACAUCUACCUCAGAAGGGCUGGAGGAGGGAGAGGUGGAGGGGGAGACUCUCCUGAUCGUUGAAUCGGAGGACCAGGCAUCAGUGGACUUAUCUCAUGAUCAGAGUGGGGAUUCCCUCAACAGUGACGAAGGAGAUGUGUCCUGGAUGGAGGAGCAGCUGUCCUACUUCUGUGACAAGUGCCAAAAAUGGAUACCGGCCAGUCAGCUGAGGGAACAGCUCAGUUACCUUAAGGGUGAUAAUUUUUUUAGAUUCACUUGUUCCGAUUGCUCAGAAGAUGGCAAGGAGCAGUAUGAAAGGCUGAAACUGACAUGGCAGCAAGUCGUCAUGCUGGCAAUGUAUAACUUGUCUCUGGAAGGAAGUGGACGGCAAGGUUAUUUCCGAUGGAAAGAAGAUAUCUGUGCUUUUAUUGAGAAACAUUGGACCUUUUUACUGGGGAAUAGGAAGAAGACUUCGACCUGGUGGAGCACAGUAGCGGGUUGCCUCAGUGUGGGAAGCCCCAUGUUCUUCCGUUCAGGGGCUCAAGAGUUCGGAGAACCAGGAUGGUGGAAGCUCGUUCACAACAAGCCACCAACAAUGAAGCCUGAAGGAGAGAAGCUGUCUGCCUCUACCCUGAAAGUAAAAGCCUCCAAACCAGCUUUAGAUCCCGUCAUUACUGUGGAGGGCCUUCGAAAACGGGCAAGUCGUAAUCCCGUGGAAUCUGCCAUGGAAUUAAAAGAGAAAAGGUCUCGUACUCAGGAAGCAAAGGACAUUAGGAGAGCCCAGAAGGAAGCAGCUGGCUUUCUGGACAGGAGUACUUCUUCGACCCCUGUGAAGUUUAUAAGCCGCGGCCGCAGGCCAGACGUGGUUCUAGAAAAAGGGGAAGUGAUUGACUUCUCGUCCUUGAGCUCCUCUGACCGCACCCCUCUGACAAGCCCGUCUCCUUCUCCGUCUCUGGAUUUCUCUGCCCCUGGGACCCCCGCCUCUCACUCGGCCACACCCAGCUUGCUUUCAGAGGCAGAUCUGAUUCCAGAUGUGAUGCCACCACAAGCCUUGUUUCACGACGAUGACGAGAUGGAAGGCGAUGGGGUCAUAGACCCAGGGAUGGAGUAUGUACCUCCGCCUGCUGGGGCAGCAGCUUCUGGGGCAGUGGUCGGGGGCAGAAAGAAGGUCAGAGCGCCUGAACAGAUAAAGCAGGAGGUAGAGAGCGAGGAGGAAAAGCCUGACAGGAUGGACAUUGACAGCGAAGACACAGAUUCCAACACAUCUUUGCAAACGAGGACUCGAGAGAAGAGGAAGCCCCAGCUGGAGAAGGACAGGAAACCUAAAGGGCCCAAGUACACCCCCGUGAGCAUCUACGAGGAGAAGCUGCUCCUGAAGAGGCUGGAAGCUUGUCCCAGUGCCGUUGCCAUGACGCCAGAAGCUCGCAGACUGAAGCGGAAAUUGAUUGUCAGACAAGCGAAAAGGGAUAGGGGAUUACCACUUUUUGACUUGGAUCAAGUUGUUAAUGCUGCUCUUCUGUUAGUUGAUGGAAUUUAUGGAGCCAAAGAAGGGGGAGUUUCCAGGCUUCCAGCUGGACAAGCCACAUACAGAACAACCUGUCAGGACUUCAGAAUCCUUGACCGAUACCAGACUGCCUUGCCAUCCAGGAAAGGGUUUCGGCACCAGACCACUAAGUUUCUGUAUCGUUUGGUGGGAUCAGAAAAUAUGGCUGUGGACCAGAGUAUUGUCAGCCCUUACACCUCUCGGAUCUUGAAACCUUACAUCAGGCGUGAUUAUGAAACAAAGCCACCCAAACUGCAGCUCCUGUCACAGAUUCGCUCCCACCUGCAUAGGAGUGACCCUCAUUGGACCCCGGAAGCUGACGCACCUCUUGAUUACUGCUACGUCCGGCCAAAUCACAUCCCAACAAUAAACUCUAUGUGUCAAGAGUUUUUCUGGCCUGGCAUUGACCUGUCUGAGUGCCUGCAGUAUCCAGACUUCAGUGUGGUUGUCCUUUAUAAAAAAGUUAUCAUUGCCUUUGGCUUCAUGGUUCCUGACGUGAAGUACAAUGAAGCUUACAUUUCAUUUCUGUUUGUCCAUCCUGAGUGGAGAAGAGCAGGGAUCGCAACUUUCAUGAUUUAUCAUCUGAUUCAGACCUGCAUGGGCAAGGAUGUGACCCUUCACGUCUCGGCAAGCAACCCUGCUAUGCUGCUCUACCAGAAGUUUGGAUUCAAGACUGAAGAGUACGUCUUAGAUUUCUAUGAUAAAUAUUACCCGUUGGAGAGUACGGAGUGUAAACACGCGUUCUUCCUGAGGCUCCGGCGCUGAAGUGAGCACAGCGCUUCACAGAGAGACGCGUGUCCUGUCAGAGGUGGGUCCUCACGUAGGCCCGAAGGCAGGUGUUCACGUCCCCGUGGGCCCUCAUCUCUGCGAUCAGACGUCCCUUCAGACCUCUCGCUGGAGGCUACACAGGCGGUGGGCAGAGGAAUUGAAUAGUUCACAGCCCAUCAGCAGAACCACUGUCCUGUCCUGUCCUGUCCUGCACAGGCCUGGGCCCACAUCUUGGGACUCCACAGUUAACUGGAACCGAGCGGUGCUGCUGUCCUUCCGCCAAACAGCUUCAGCAAUAAAGGAUUCUCGGGGAGAGAGAAUCUAAUUUAAAGGAUGAGGAAGGGUGGCAGCCAUUAACGAGGGGUGCUGUGUCAUCGGGACAACGGGAGAUUACGAGGUGAUCACACAAAGGGCCGGCACUUCCCCAGCCAUCGAUGAGCCAUCAUUGAACCCGGAGGACCUUCAGGGCACUGAGGUUCUGCUGUCUCCCUGACUUUGGCCACAGUCAAAAUAAACAUGGUGUUUGUGUCCACA